AUGCCAAACUGGGUCAAAGUGAAAAAGAGUGACUAUACUGUUCCUUCAAGCGACAACAAAGUUGAUACGAGUACAUUUACUGAAAUGCAACAGCAGGCAUAUAAGAUUAUUGUAAAUCAUUAUAACAAUGUCGCACCUAAAGAACCACUCUGGCUUGUCAUUAUUGGUGAAGGGGGGACAGGAAAAAGUUUCCUUAUUAAUGCUGUAAGAAACUAUUUAAAGGAGAAGUGUAUUGUGACUGCUACAACUGGCAAGGCAUCAUUUAACAUAAAUGGCAUAACCAUUCACUCAUUUUUGAAACUUCCAGUUGGUAAAAUGUCCCAAAAAGAUUUGUCUGGCCAAAGCCUAGAUAAUUUGCAAAAGAAUUUGUUGUCAGUUGACUAUAUUGUAAUUGAUGAAUACUCUUUGCUUGGUCAAACCACAAUGGGAUGGAUUGAUAAACGUUGUAGGCAGGCUACUGGAUUAAAAGAUAAGUUGUUUGGUGGGAAAUCCAUAAUUUUAAUUGGAGACCCCGCCCAACUUCCUCCCGUUGGUGACAAGCCGUUGUAUCAUAGUAAACCAUCUAAUCCGAUUGCAGAACAAGGUUCUCUAGCAUAUAAAAUGUUUAACAAUGUAGUUAUACUAGAUGUUAAUCAAAGGAUAAGGGGUAGUCAACAUGAUCAAACAUUAUUUAAAGGCAUCUUGUCACGACUGCGAAUUGGAAAAUUAAGUUGUAAUGACUGGAAACUGCUCCUUGCUAGACAGCCAACAGUUUUAUCUAACCUAAAUGACUUUAUUGAUGCUACUAGACUAUAUUACAGCAAUGAUGAAGUUGCAAAAUUUAAUUAUGAUCACUUAAUGCAGUUAGAAACUCCUAUUCCAGAAAUUUGUGCUAGACACUCUGGUAGCAAUGCGAAAAGUGUGAGUGCUCAGGAAAUGUUUGGUUUGCAACCUACUAUUUUAAUUUGUAAAGGUGCUAAAGUUAUGUUAACAAUGAAUUUAUGGGCUUCAGUAGGCCUCUACAAUGGGGCAUCAGGAACUAUUGUUGAUAUUAUUUAUGCAAAAGAUCAACAUCCACCAGACUUACCUAUUGCUGUUUUGGUGAAGUUUGAUGAAUACCGUGGUCCAACUUUUGUAGCAUUCCUUUUUGUGUUCCCAUUCCUCCAGUAA